AUGGCACCACCGGACGCCGACCGGUUGCCAGUCGUCGUCGUUGCAAAGUUUAAUCCCAAAGACUUUUCAAUCACCGACUUGAGGCGUCUAACCUAUCAGCUUGGUAACUUUAUUACUGAUAUGCGUGUUAACGAAAGAUUUAGCAAAGUGAAAGCAUGUCUUACACUCGUAUGCCUACAAGCUUCUGAAAUGAGUGCUAUUGCUACCGCUUUGCAACUGCAACAUCGCCUUCGCCUCCCAACUUCCGCCGCCGCUCCCUCCACCGCGCAGGAGGCCGGCGCUGCUCGCCCGCCCCCGCUCGCGCAGAAGGCCGCCGCCGCUCGCGCUACUGGUGCCCUAAGCCCCGAUAUCCCUCUUCGCCUCUCGUUCCUCCUCCCCCACCCAAAACCCGAGCUUCAGGGUUCCGCCGCCAUGCCGCAGGGGGACCACAUCGAGCUUCACCAGAAGCGCCAUGGCAAGCGCCUGGACCACGAGGAGCGCAAGCGCAAGCGUGAGGCGCGCGAGGUGCACAGGCGCUCGAAGGAUGCCCGCAAUUUGCUUGGUGCUAAGGGCAAGAGGUUCGCCAAGAAAUGCUAUGCUGAGAAGGCGCAGAUGAAGAAGACCCUGAAAAUGCACGAUGAAUCAACUAAACGACAGAAGGUUGAUGAUGAUGUCCAAGAGGGUGCUCUUCCUCCGUAUCUACUGGAUCGUGAUCAGACACAGCGUGCCAAGGUUCUCAGCAACACAAUCAAGCAAAAGAGGAAGGAAAAGGCUGGCAAAUGGGAUGUUCCGCUGCCAAAAGUCAGGCCCGUAGCUGAAGAAGAAAUGUUCAAGGUUCUACGAACUGGCAAGCGAAAAACCAAGCAGUGGAAGAGAAUGGUUACUAAAGCCACCUUUGUUGGAGCUGGAUUUACAAGGAAACCACCGAAGUACGAACGGUUCAUUCGGCCAACUGGUCUGCGUUUUACCAAAGCUCAUGUGACUCACCCAGAACUGAAGUGCACUUUCAACCUUGACAUAAUUUCUGUGAAGAAAAACCCAAAUGGUCCAAUGUACACUUCUCUUGGUGUUAUGACAAGGGGAACAAUCAUUGAGGUAAAUGUCAGUGAGCUUGGUCUGGUAACUCCCGCUGGAAAAGUUGUUUGGGGUGAGAAAUCUGCCAACUUUGCGCUCCUUUUGCCCAACCUACCUUGA